AUGUCAUUUCAUGCAGUUUCAACUUCUUCUGCUCCGGCCACUACCCUUUCAGGUGAUCUUUUCAAUUCCCUUUUAGACUCAUCCACUCUCUGUUGCAUAACCGGUCUCCUUCUCCUCUCCCUCAUUUCUCUUGCAUUCGUCUUUAAUCUCCGUUUCAAAUCACGAAAUUCACAUCAUUUGCAGAGGUUCAAUUCCCUCUGGACAGUUCGUUUCCUUCUUGUCUCCUUUAUUUCCCUCUGGGCCUUCAACGAACUCCUCCGUUUGUCCUUCUUCCGUCGAAAAUAUCUCUUCCCUUUCAUUUCUUCCCUCACCCUAGAGCAGCAAGCCAGCUUUUGCAAAAUCCAUAUUGUAUUCUCGUUAGGGUUCUUUGAGCCUGGUUUUCUCGUAACCCAACUUUUUCUCGUUAACGUAUCAGUCCAGAAAAAAACACCACGAGGCUCUUGGGCUUUUGUCUUUGUCUUCGCUAACUGUUUUCCUGUUCUUUUUCUGCAAGUUUUGUUCGUUUUUUUCUCUGGAAUACAGCUUCCAUUGCCGGAGGUCUUUCUCAGAAGUUCAGUGGUUUCAAAAUCUGAUCAAGUUCUAUUAUGUGAAUACCCAUUAAUGAGUUCCAUCAUAUUUGGAGCUUUCGGGAUCUGGUAUUUGCUAGGCUUCUCAGUCUCAUGCUUCAAGGUGCUAAACCUCGUCAUUAACAAAGGGCUUAGGCUUCGAAUGUAUGCUUUAGCUUUCGUUGUUCUGUUAAUGUUACCGACGCAAAUUCUCUUUAUGGGCUUAUCAGUCUUGUGGGGGCCGGAGGAAUUUCUGUAUGCUUCAAUUGCUUUUCUUGUGUUUGGAACCACAUUAGUAAUUGCAGCCGUAGGGGAGGGCAUUUUGGUAAUUAAACCCAUCGUCGAUUCUUUGGCUGUGGGAGAAGACGCCCUUCCGGCGUCUGUAAUUCCUUGUGAGCAAACGGCGUCGAAGGAGAAGGAGCAGCAGCAAAGACCAAACAUGUGA